AUGGGAGAGUACAUCAAUGCUGUAUUGCUUCCGAGCUUGACCAAUCAGAGCAGCCAAAUACUGACCCAGUUACCACUCCCAGCAACGGUCACAGACUUCUGGCGUCUGGUGACUCAGUACAACGUGUCACUGAUUGCCGCUUUUGAGCUGGAUUCUGACGACCCAACUAUUGGUGCCUACAUUCCGUCUGGAAGCGGCGUACCGUUGCAGUGUGGGCCUUUUGAAAUCAAGAUCACAUCCGGACAAUCAAACGAACUCUGGGAAGAGACAGUGCUACUUGCACUGAAACAAAAGAAAAGGAAACCUUCAUUGACAACCUCGUCGUUACGCACGCAAGAACACAGAGUCACUCAUCUCAAAUGCACCAAGUGUGACUUUGAUCCAGGGAAUAUUCUGACCUUUAUCCAAAAAUUGAGAUCUCACCGGCAAAAUGACAAAAGUAGAAUCUUGUUUAUGUGCAGAAAUGGAGCACUCUACAGUGGACUGGUGUGUGUCCUGACUUUGUUGCUGGACAGAAUCAAUACUGACCAUCAGGUGUCGAUUCCUCUAGCUGUCGGAACUGUCAAGACGAUCAGGCCUCAAGUGAUUCCAACACUGGAUCAAUACAGAACUCUGUACCAAGCGCUGAACCUCUACUGCGAGACUGACAACACAUACAGUAACUGUGCCGACGUCACGUCAAAUACCAAACAGGCCGUCGAGACCGGUGUAACUAAUACUGCAUUUGUUGAUAAUGAUAAUAAUUCUGAAAAUGUUUACGCAAACUUCUAA